CCAAAAUGGUGGUUGCUACUGAUGCCAAAAGUAUGGAAGUUAACGAAACUGAAGACAGGCCAGUGGUGAGAAAAGAGGCAAAAUACGAGUUCAUAGGGCGAGAAAAACUGCUGGUGAAGUCGUACCAGCCUAAUUUGCAAUAUGUGCACAUCUAUGCCACCAGGUUGAACUCUCUCAGACCCAAAGUAAACAAAGCAAUGCAACACCGAAUCAGCGAGAACCUGCUCAAUUCCUCGUCACUAUCCUCGACCAGCAGAGGGUCCCCCUCGAAGCAGCACGAGGGUGGGGCUGAUGGAAAUGUCCCGAGGGUCCCUCUGGUGUCAAUCAGUGCCAUCAGACCCGACAGGAAGUACGCAGUCAUUGGCACUCUCCAGAAACGGCAGACACUCAAACCCAGUAUUCUUAAGGAAGUGAGUGAAGAGCACAAUUUGGAGCCUCCUGUGAUCAGAGACACUUUUGUGGACAAAUCGGACCAGAUAUUCAUAGAGGACGACACACAGUCACUCGCUCUCACAGGAAACAUAGACACCCAAAAUUUGUGCAAUGGACUUUCAGUUUCAUUAUUCAUAGGAAUGGUCGUUGGAGCUAUUGGAAAAGAAAACUCAGAUGGCGAAUUCCAAGUGGAUGAAAUAUUCUACCCACACAACAGUGAAUUAAUUUCGAACUCGCCGGCCAUGGAUAGCGAGAAAUCGGGGGACGAGGGGGACUCGUUUGUGAUGUUCGUAUCUGGACUGAAUGUUGGUGGGGACUAUGAAAGUGUUUUGCUGGAUAUGCUGGCUUCUUUCGUAUCUGGUGACUGUGGUCCAAUGAGUGAGAUAUCAUCUAAAAUUGUCAGGGUGAUUGUUUGUGGAAACAGCAUCGACAGCAAAUGCGUAGACAAGGAACUCCAUACACAGGCACUCUAUCUGUCUAAGAAGUCAACACUCAGCUCAGUGCUCCCUCUCCAGACUCUGGACUGCACUCUGCAACAGAUGUGCUCUUCGUGUAAUGUGGACGUAAUGGCUGGAGAGACAGACCCCUGCACUGCAUUCCUCCCCCAGCAGCCCAUGAACAGGUGCAUGUUCCCCAAGUCCAGAGUCUACUCCACAUUCGCAACUGUCACUAACCCAUACCAUUGCAAGAUAGACGACAGCAUCAUUGUGGGAUGUUCGGGCCAGAAUCUCAAGGACAUUGGGAGAUACAGCACAGUCACCGAUGAACUGGCUGCUCUGGAAAUGACCCUUAAAAGCCAGAUUACAUGUCCUACUGCCCCAGACACCCUUCCCUGUUACCCGCUGGGAAAAAGUAAAGAGGACCCCUUUAUAAUCGAUCCCCAGCCGAGAGUUUAUUUUGCGGGAAAUUGUUCCGAGUUGCAGUAUAAACUUUUGAACAAUGAAACUCAAUUGAUAUUGUGUGUACCGACAUUUUCCAAGACUAAAGAAGCAGUUUUGGUGAAUUUGAAGGAUUUGAAAGUGACGCCUGUUUGCUUUAGUGAUGUUUUGAUGUGUUGAAAAAUAGCUUAACUGAAUAAGAAAGCAUUUGAAUUUUUGAAGGAUUUGUGCAAUUUUGUCGAGUUUUUUGUUGGCAAAUUUUAUGAAUGUCAUUUCAAUGAAUUUAAUUUUGA